UACGCGCUCUGUUUUCCAUUUGGACUUCUCUACCUACCCUCCUCCGACCGUGUUCGAACCUUUACUUUUUAUUUGAGGAUCGCUCUUUCUAUUGUGAUCACGCAGUUCAAAGCUGGGAUAUUUGAGGAGAAGGAGAACAGGAUCGAUAAAUUGUAUUGACUGCGAGGAGACCAGCAGUGCCUCAAGAAACUCGCUUUGAUUCAAGUCAACGUACUUUGAUCUGAGAAGAUGGCAAAUGUAAACUUCGAAUCUCUGGCGGAGGCGACGUCGGGUGCGGUGGGGGCGCUGGUGAGCACAACCGUGCUCUACCCGCUUGAUACAUGCAAGACCAAGUAUCAGGCCGAAGUCGGAUCCCACGGCCAGAAGAAGUACAGGAAACUGUCAGAUGUUUUGUUUGAAGCAAUUUCCAAGGGACAGAUUCUUUCGCUAUACCAAGGACUUGGCACAAAGAACUUACAAUCUGUCAUUGCACAAUUUGUGUACUUCUAUGGCUAUAGCUAUUUCAAACGACUCUAUCUUGUGAAGAGUGGAUUCAAAUCCAUUGGAACUACUGUGAACUUGAUUAUUGCUGCUUUUGCUGGAGCUUGUACUGCUAUUAUUACCCAGCCAUUGGAUACAGCAGCUUCCAGGAUGCAAACUAGUGCCUUUGGAAAAUCUAAAGGAUUGUGGGAAACCCUUUCAAAUGGUUCAUUGAGUGAAGCGUUUGAUGGUCUAAGCAUAUCUCUCGUUUUGACCUCAAAUCCAGCUAUUCAGUACACCGUGUUUGAUCAACUCAAACAAAGAUUUAUACAGCGGCAGCAAAGUAAGCAAUCAGCGUCAGGUUCAGCAGGCUCCUCUCCAGAAUCUCUUUCUGCUUUUUCAGCUUUUUUAUUGGGUGCCAUGUCCAAGAGUGUGGCAACCAUCAUAACUUAUCCAUUAAUCAGGUGCAAAGUUAUGAUACAAGCUUCUAAUCAUGAAGAUGAAUCCAUUGAACCCAAACCAGAAUCAAACAAGACAAUAAGUGGAUGUUUAUCUUCUAUAUGGAAAGAAGAAGGUGUUCCAGGUUUAUUCAAAGGCCUUCAGGCUCAAAUUUUGAAGACUGUUUUGAGUUCUGCUUUAUUAUUGAUGAUCAAAGAAAAGAUUUCAAGGUUUACAUGGAUCACAAUGCUUGCUCUUAGACGAUAUCUGUUGGUUUCUAAGAAGAGGGUGAAGAACGCAUAAAAAGAAGUUACGCAUGCAAUUAUUGAUAAGAAUGCAUAAUAUGCUGCAAGACUUGAUUAGUAAUUUUCCAGCAGGUAUGAAAUUUUUUACCGGAAUGAAUAAGCUCCAUUAGAACUAUAAAGCAGUAGUCGCAUUCCCCGUAGAUUAGCAACUGUAUACGUUCCUUACCAAUUAGCUACAUCAGGUAGCUUUGGACCAUUGUUUGCUAGUGAUUGUAAAAAGUUAGUUUCUGUUAUAAUCAUUGCCUUUUCUUUAUUCUAAUAAAAUAGCUUCAUGUAACUUUUGGGAUCAAAAUUAUUUUGUACACCUACUGAAAAGUAAGCUUCUUUUUCAUCUGUAAA